GUUUUCCUUUUCUCUUCUAUAAAAGGAGAGAAAGACACCAAAUCCCUCCAUUAGUCUUCCUUCAGAUUUCAGCUUUACCAUUGAAAGAAGACACAAGAUUUUGGUGUAAUGGCUUCCAUCAACAUUUCUAUCCCUUCUACAUCUCUGUGUCGCUCCCAAGCAUUAAAGAACUUCAAGUUGUUCAAUGGACUGCACUCCGGAGAUCUAUAUUCUCUUAAUGGGGUCUCUUCACGGUCAUUCAUACAGCUUAAUGCUAGAGCACACUUAACCAUCAAGAAUGAUUUAAAGGUUAAUUCUGCAUUCUUAUCUGGUGAAGGAGACGUCCGUCAUCAAUCCAGGAGAGAAAGUUCUCUAUUUAGUAGCCUCUCUACAGGAACUGAGGCUCAACCUGAUGCUGUAACCUUUGAAACGCUAGAAGCAGAUGUUGUUCUCACAACAAGUGGCUUUUUCUCAGAUAACGAUGAAUCCGAUUUGGAUUGUCCGACUAAAGGUUUUUCAUCUAUUCCUGAGGCUAUCGAAGACAUUCGCCAAGGAAAGAUGGUGCUAGUAACAGAUGAUGAAGGCAGAGAAAAUGAAGGAGAUUUAGUUAUGGCUGCAUCCAAAGCUACACCAGAAGCAAUGGCUUUCUUUGUGAAGCAUGGAACAGGGAUAGUUUGUGUGAGCAUGGUAGAGGAACACUUGGAGAGGUUGCAGCUUCCAUUGAUGGUAAACGAUAAAAAGAAUGAGGAGAAACUUUGUACAGCAUUCACAGUCUCAGUGGACGCAAAACAUGGAACAACUACAGGAGUAUCUGCUCAUGAUAGAGCAACGACAGUAUUGGCCCUUGCUUCCAGAGAUUCAAAGCCUGAGGAUUUCAAUCGACCGGGACAUAUUUUUCCGUUGAAAUACAGGGAAGGUGGGGUUUUAAAACGAGCUGGACAUACUGAGGCUUCUGUUGAUCUUGCCAUGUUAGCUGGCUUAGACCCUGUUGGAGUAAUAUGUGAGGUUGUGGAUGAUGAUGGUUCCAUGGCUAGAUUGCCUAUGCUUCGUCAAUUUGCAAAAGAACAUAACUUGAAGAUCAUAUCAGUUGCUGACUUAAUCAGAUAUAGGAGGAAAACAGACCAGCUGGUAGAGCAUGCUUCUGCUGCAAGAAUACCUACUAUGUGGGGCCCGUUUACUGCCCAUUGCUUCAAGUCAAUAAUAGAUGGAAUUGAGCACAUUGCUAUGGUUAAGGGAGAUAUAGGAGAUGGACAAGAUAUUCUUGUCCGGGUACACUCGGAAUGCCUAACAGGAGAUAUAUUCGGUUCAGCCAGAUGUGACUGCGGAUCCCAGCUGGCACUAGCAAUGCAAAAUAUUGAGGCUGCUGGCAGGGGGGUUUUAGUUUACCUCCGUGGUCAUGAGGGGAGAGGAAUUGGUUUGGGUCACAAACUUCGUGCUUAUAAUUUACAAGAUGCUGGACGUGAUACUGUUGAAGCAAAUGAAGAACUUGGUUUGCCCAUUGAUUCAAGAGAGUAUGGGGUUGGUGCACAGAUGUUAAGGGAUCUUGGUGUUCGAACUAUGAAGCUGAUGACAAACAAUCCUGCAAAAUACAGCGGGCUCAAGGGUUAUGGUUUGGCAAUUUCUGGUCGGGUCCCCCUUCUGACGCCCAUUACAAAAGAUAACAAGAGAUAUCUGGAAACAAAACGUGCUAAAAUGGGCCAUGUAUACGGCUUGAACCUUAUUCGCCCUGCAACCAGCACCAGCACAACAAAUGGUAAACCAAACUCUGCGAAUACUUCUACUGUACAGAAUUCUAAUGUUUCCACACUUGGGAACUGAUAAGAUGAUCUGGUUGGCGAACAACUUGCUUGAGGAAUAGCAAUCAACUCCUCUACACCUUAACAUAUAAUUCAAAUCUUAAUCAUUGUCUUUAUUGCUCCUCGUACCAGAAUAAUGAUUUCUUGGUGCUGUUUUUUUACGGACAUUCUUUUUGCCCAUUAAAUGUAUAUUGGCAUUGAUGAGAAGUAAUGUAAUUCACCUCGUCCUCAGUCCCA